GUCCGGCCUUUACACGAAGCGUAUCAGGCCGCACUAACUGCUCACUUGACGGAAGCCAUGAACACUUUUUGGGCUGAAUGCUACGAAAGCUCAAAGUUGUCCAGCCAUAAAAGAAAUCGCGAGGUUGGCGAGAGCAAAUUACGGUUUCAGAUGAACGUCGUGUCUCCGUGUCGGUCGCGCGCGAGUGAAGAAUCGCUUCGGUUCGCGAAUGUGUUAACGCAACAACGUAACGCCGAGUUGGCCGUGCGUCGGAAAUGGCGGGUGCUGAAGGAGUUCCUGUGCGGACCACGAGGUGCCUGGAAAUCAAG